AUGCUUAAGUACAGCUACUGCUCCCCUGCCCUCUGCUACACCCUAAUCCAAGUGACCACCAUCACGCCUGGAUUACCAGGACAGCUUUCCAAGGAGCUCAAGUCUCCUCUCAUUCCCGCCCUGGUCCCUUCUCCACAGAGCAGCUUGAAUGAUUUGUCUACCAUGAAAAUUAGCAACGGGGUCUUGAAUUCCACCCCGUGGCUCGUCCGUGGAGUAGGUUCCAGCCCGCAGAGGUUUACAGUCACUAGGGAAAUUGCCCGCUUCCUCGAAGGGGUUUCUCGGCGGCCCAUAACGAGCCGGGUUCGCCGUCGCAGGCACCUCCAGGAGCGAGCGGCGGGCGCCGACGGGAGCUGUCAGCGCGGCCCGGCGUGCACCGCCUGCACCGCGGCCAUGGGCGGCUCGGCCUCCAGCCUGCUGGACGAGGGCAAGUGCAGCUACAUCCGAGGUACGCGCGCGGGGGGCUUUCCGGGAGCGCCGCGCCCGCCGGGGGCCUGCACAGCUGCACGGAUCUGGCCCCAGAGGGCACGUGGAGAGCGGGUGCCCGCCGCGCCCCCCGCCUUCCACCUGCGGCGAGCUACCUGCGGGCGCCGGGACCUCGGGGGCCGGGACGCGUCGCGCGGCUGGCUGUCUCCCUGCGCCGCUGGGACCGCACGCCCAGGCUCGGGCGAGGCCGCUCUUGGGACCCGGACGGGGACGGGGGCGGAGGUGCGUGGUCAGCCCGCCCGCCCGCUAUGCUCUGGGAAGUGCUGCGGCGCGGAUGCGGGAGGCAGGUGCACGCCGCGGGGUGGGGGGCGCGACCUCGUUUCCCCCGCUCAGCCCGCCUUGGGGUCUGUUCAGGCCCGGAUCCAGAAAACACCUCGCUCUCCCUUAAGUUCUGAGCUCUUCCUGAGCUUGCCUCAAAAGACGGGCGCGGGGAUAUCCCUUGUUUGUGGAGACUUCCCGGGGGAUUCCCGGCCUAUAAAACAGAAUUUCCCUCCUGGUAACGUUGGCCUGGUUUUGCAAAAGGAGGAAUCUUCAAGACUGUGGAAAACAAGCUGCUUUUGGCUGAGAGGGAAAACUGAGGCUACUAUCAAAAACUUCAGUCCCUACUAUAGUCGCCAGUACUCUGUGGCUUUCUGCAAUCAUGUACGCAGUGAAGUAGAACAGCAAAGAGAUUUAACCUCACAGUUUUUGAAGACCAAGCCGCCAUUGGAGCCUGGAACUGUUCUAUAUGAAGCAGAGCUAUCCCAGUUUGCUGAAGACAUAAAGAAAUGGAAGGAGCGGUACAUUGUGGUUAAAAAUGAUUUUGCUGUGGAGAGCUAUGAGAACAAAGAGGCCUAUCAGAAAGGAGCGACUCCUAAAAGCCGAAUUCUUCCAGCUGGGGGCAAGGUGUUAACCUCAGAAGAUGAAUAUAAUUUGUUAUCUGAUCGGUUCUUCCCCGACCCUAUUGCCUCCAGUGAGAAGGACAACACCCAGCCUUUCGUGGUCUUGCCCAAGGAAUUCCCAGUGUACCUGUGGCAGCCGUUCCUCAGACAUGGCUACUUCUGCUUCCAUGAGGCUGCGGACCAGAAGAAGUUCAGCGCUGUCCUCAGUGACUGCAUCAGACAUCUGAAUCACGAUUACAUGAAGCAGACGACGUUUGAAGCCCAAGCGUUUCUGGAAGCUGUCCAGUUCUUCCGUCAGGAGAAGGGACACUAUGGCUCAUGGGAAAUGAUCACUGGGGAUGAAGUCCAGAUCCUGAGUAACCUGGUGAUGGAGGACCUCCUGCCAACCCUUCAGACGGACCUUCUGCCGAAAAUGAAGGGGAAGAAGAAUGACAGAAAGAGGGCCUGGCUCGGCCUUCUUGAGGAAGCCUACAACCUGGUUCGACACCAAGUUUCAGAAGGAUUAAGUGCCUUGAAGGAGGAGUGCCGUGCUCUGACGAAGGGCCUGGAGGGGACCAUCCGUUCAGACAUGGAUCAGAUCGUGAACUCAAAAAACUUUUUAAUUGGAAAGAUCAAAGCCAUGGUGGCCCAGCCCGCAGAAAGAAGCUGUGCAGAGAAUGUGCAACCGUUCUUGGCGUCCAUUCUGGAGGAGCUCAUGGGGCCAGUGAGUUCAGGAUUCAGUGAAGUGCGCUCACUCUUUGAAAAAGAAGUGGAUGAACUUAGCCAGAAUUUUCAGACCACCAAAGACAGCGCCCAGCUUAAGGAGCAUCUAGACCAGCUCAUGAAUCUUCCACUGGAUUCCAUGAAGAUGGAACCUUGUUACAGUAAAGUCAACCUGCUCCAGGAGCGUUUGCAGGAUCUCAAGAGCCGCUUCCGAUUCCCCCACGUGGACCUGGUGGUCCAGAGGACACAGAACCACAUGCAGGAGCUGAUGGAGAACGCGGUGUUCACCUUCCAGCAGCUGCUUUCCCCACACCUCCAGGGAGAGGCCGCCAAAACUGCAGUCGCCAUCGAGAAGGUUAAGCUCCGAGUCUUAAAGCAAUAUGAUUAUGACAGCAGCACCAUCCGGAAGACGAUAUUUCAAGAGGCACUGGUUCAAAUCACACUUCCCACCGUGCAGAAGGCACUGGCAUCCACGUGCAAACCAGAGCUCCAGAAAUUCGAGCAGUUCAUUUUUGCAGAUCACACCAAUAUGAUUCAUGUGGAAAAUGUCUAUGAGGAGAUUUUACAUCAGAGCCUCCUUGAUGAAACUCUGAAAGUGAUAAAGGAAGCUGCUCUCCUGAAGAAACACAACUUAUUUGAAGACAACAUGGCCUUGCCCAGUGAAAGUGUGUCCAGCUUAACUGAUCUAAAAACCCCCUCAGGGUCAAACCAGGCCAGCCCUGCCAGGAGAGCCUCGGCCAUUCUGCCAGGAGUUUCACAGAGCGAGACACUGAGUAACGAAGUGUUCCAAGAGUCAGGGGAGAAGAAGCAGCCUGGGGUCCCUAGUCCGUUGGCCAAAGGAGAAAGUCUGUCCUUCCCUGUCCCCACCCCUCCCCCAGAUGGCACCAGACAGGGGACUCCAAGUACGGAUGACCCUGUUGUGGCUCUUGUGACUACAGAGGACACGGCAGGAGCCCUGGGCACAUCCUCGUCAGAGCUGGAGUUUGGAGGGUCUCCUGAGGACGGAGAACCCACCCACAAAAAGCCAGAAGCCAGCUCUGACUUGGGCUCCUUAAAGGAGCUCAGAAAUUUGUUGACGGUGACCAUUGAAGUGCCAGUGGAAUCGGCCACCCUCGAGAUUGAGAAUGCUUCCCAUGAAGAGACCCGUGCUCCCCCAGAAAUUGAAAAAUUAGAGGAAACAACCCAGAUCGACACGGAGGCCGAUCAAGCAGCUGCCUCCAGUCAAGACAGCUGUGAAGGGAGCGAAAUCAGUGAGAGGGAGGCCCAUUAUCCCCCUCCGGAGGCGGAGGCAGAGGCUGGCAGGGUGGAGUUGGGAGGGUUGCUGGGGGCUCAGUUGGCCUGUGAAGGGCUCACUGAGGGCGCCAGCAGCACAGGCCCCCCAGAGCCGCAAGCAGAGGCCAGGGAGCCCACUGAGAGGGAGCUCACAGCGGGGGCUUCCAGACCGGAUGCCCAGGAAGGAGAAGGGGUCAAGGCCAUGGUGGAGGGUGAGGCCAGGCCACAAGAAGGUUGCAUUUCCAGUGCUCACCACACCUGCCUCCAUGAGAGCCAGGGUUCAGCGGAAGAAGCCCUGGGAGGGACCAGCAGCCUGGCCCAGACUACCGCUGCCGGUGCGGAUACAGAGAAGGUUAAGCCUGCUGGUGUUCACGAGUGCCAGUGGGUAGUGGAGAAUGCUCCAAACUUUGAUCUGCUCGGUUCACAAGAGGCGGGGGAGAGUACCCUAGGGCAGGCCUCCGAAGAGUGAAAGGGACAAUUUGGCAUAAGUAUUUCUUUGCACAAACUCAGCCAAAGGUUAAUAGGUAUGGGUAUGCUUAGGGGUUGCACACAAGCUGUUACCGAAAAAAAAAAAAUUUAAGUACUUCCUUAACAUGUGUAAUGAAACCAGAGGAAGUGCACACGGGCCAUGCACACUGAGGCAGACCUUUGUGAACUGAACUGCUCUACAGU